GAGAUGAUGUGGAUGGGAGGGUGAGGUAAAACACAGUCCUGAAGACAGAUGAAGUGAGAGAACAAAGGUAAUGGAGAAGGUGCACAGUGUGAUGUUACGUGAGGCUGCAGAUGCACAGUGAAGAGGGGGGGAAGAGAUGCAACAGCGGAGCACGCUGUGUGCUAACAGGCAGAGACACAGUAGUUUCAUGCAACUAACAUUGUAAGAGUAAUCAGGCCACCAUGCUGCCCUGGAGGAUGGCCAUUGUUGGUCUUUUCUACUGCUGCAUCAAAACAGGUGUCACGCAACGUCAGACUAAAGCCCUAUUCCCAGCUGCAAGCAGAAUAAAAAGAGUGGUGAACCCCACUUUCCACAACUCCUUUGACGAUGCUCGUCUAUUAUUUGAGAUCCUUCUGGCUGGACACUUCGAGGACAGUGGAGAGUUUUUGGUGCAAGAUGCUGAACUGGCUUCCCUCCGCAAGACAAGAAACCUGCGAGUCAUCUGUGAAGAGAUCAUUCCCAGGAAGCUAACAGACAUAUUUAGGCUCAUUUCUGACCUAAAUAAUCAUAAUGGCCACCUGCAUCAGGAUGAUUUUGAGCGUACCCUGUUGACCUUGGUAUAUACCGCACAGCAGAUGGUCAACGCCACUGCUGAAAAGCAACAAGAAGUGUGGGAAGAGUCUUUUGUUAGUUUGUACAAAGCCAUCAAGCAGGAUCUGAUUGGCACAAAUUAAUAAACGGAUAUGAUGACAGGCUAUGAGGAACCUGAGAGAGAAGUCCUGUUGAAACUGUUGCCACAAAUAGAUAAAGUGCAUGAACGGAAAAUAACAUAAUUAUUAAAAUAUUUGCUGUUACAACAUAGUUAAUUCAAUCAUGAGGUAAUGUGUAUACAUAUAUAUGAAACUAUACAUUGGAUUAAUAUAUGAAAUACAAUGAACAUCACAAAUCUUACAUUCACAUGUCUUUUCAGUGUUCACUAGUACCUGAUUGUGACUGCAUUCCAGACUGAUACAAUCAAAGGAAACAAAUAAAAUUACAUGCUUUAAUCCAAA